AUGGGGUCCGUGGAGGAGGCGGGGGGGCGGCAGGUGGACCUCCGCCGAGCGGCGUCGGCGGGCGUGCUGCAGGCGGAGGACCGCGCGCACGCCGCGGCGGACGCGCUGCAGCAGCACCGCGCGGACCAGCAGCAGCAGCAGCCUGCGGCGCGCGCGCUGCCGGGGUGGUCGACGCGGCUGAUCGACUACUUCGUGGUGUGCGGGCUGGGCGCGGAGGUGCGCACCAUGGACGGGCAGCGCGGCUUCCACGGCGUCACGGCGCGCGACGGCGACCCCAUGCUGUACCAGCCGCAGAUGACGCCGCUCGACUUCUACCCGCCCAAGGAGCACAAGAAAUUCGGCGUUCCCGAGGGCCUCCCCAUGGUGGUGAUGCCACGGGGGCUGCGCUUCUACGAGAGAGGGCCGUUUUCCGGUGACAAGAGCACUCAGCCGCGCUCCUACCCCAUGGUCAUCACAGACACGGUGGGCACCAAGGUGUACGUAACAGUGGUGUCGUUCCGGGACCCGGUGGAGGAGGACGUGGCGGAGGCCUAUGGCAUCCCCGCCACGCUCUAUGUGGACAAGUGCCUGUGCCUCGUGUCCCACUGGCCCUUCUUCCACACCUUCACCCAGGCGCUCGAGGAGAUCCACCGCAUGUGCUUCUGUACUGCUGGCUGCACGCAGCCGGUGUGGGAGCUGGUGCAGCACCUGGUGACAGCAGUGCCGCUGCCCGACCCCGGGCGGCGCGCCGUGGUGUUUUCUGUUGAGAAGUGCCUGCUCUUCUGCGAGGCGCCCCCUCCCGCCACGCUGCCCGCCGUGCAGCUGUCAUUCCAUCCACUGGUGCGCAGCCUGGAUGUGGACAACAUCAUUCUGCUCGUCACCGCCGUGCUGCUCGAGAAGCGCAUCCUCCUCCGCGCCACCCAGUACGAGCUGCUGACACUGGUGGCGGAGUCUGUGUCGCACCUCAUCUACCCAUUCAAGUGGGCGUACCCCUACACGCCCGUGCUGCCACUCAACAAGCUGGAGCUGGUGCACAUGCCAGGAAGCUUCCUGUUUGGCAUCGUGCCCACGCGGUGGACGGACCACGACCUGCCGGGCGGGGUGAUGGUGGUGGAUCUCGACGCCAACCGCAUCGCCAUCACCACCAGCGGCUACGACGACGACGGCGACACCAUUCCCCCGCUGCCCGAACCCGAGAACACACAGGUUCGGGAAGCGCUGCUGCAGCUGGUGGCGCCGGACCUGAUGGCGUUGGACCAGGCGCGCACGCGCGACUUCACCUGCGACCUGCACAAGUUCCGCCGCCCCUGGGGCCGCCUGCACGACCGCGAGAUCCGGUUAAUCUUCUUUCGCUUCUUCGCCUCCAUCCUCUGCAGCUACAGACAUUUUGUGGACAAGGCAGUGGAGCCAUCGGGGCACAUCAAGUCGACGUUCAACAAGGCCAGCUUCUUCCGCAAGCGAGCCAAGGUCACCGGCAACACAGACGAGCCCCUCAUAUCGGAGCUGCUGCACACGCAGUGCUGGCAGCAGUUCCUGGACGGCAGCAGCAGCGGCGUGGUGUCAUUCUUUGACCGCGCACUGGUGGAGCUGGAGGCGCUUGACAUCGCCACCGGGCCCGCCAUGGCGUCUGUUGACCUCACUGACGAUGACGGGGCGCCUGAGAUUGUCACCGUGCCACCACCCACGCCCAAAGAGCGGGCAGGGGGGCGGUACACGCACCGGGCGUUCCCCUCGUUGGAGCGCAGUGCGGAGGAGAAGCAGCGGCGCUACGAGUUCCUGCAGCAGGUGCGCCUCGCCGCCGACGCCCAACACCACUCCGAGGCGCGCCGCGUCGUCAGUUCGGAUGUGGAGGAGGCGGUGGUGCUGGAGGAGAGGAGCCGCGGCACCAACCGCCUGCGCGAGCAGGAGGAGCGGGAUGCCAUGGUGGGCGCCAUCAAGGGCAAGUUCUCCAAGCUGUGGGACCAGCUGCUGGCGCUGCCACCCGACGAGGAGCCACUGUCAUCGCGCGAGUACGGCACCAUCUACGCGAUGAUGGAGGACGAGGAUGGAGUGGGGAGCUCUGGCUUCAUGGAGGUGCUACAGGACAAACUGCACUCCAUGGCGUGGGGAGGCGAGCUCAAGGCGGACCUCUUUGUGGCCGUGCGCGAGCUGGUGGUGCUAUCAAUAUCACGGGCCGCCAUGCGCAGUGACAUGCAGUCGGUGCUGGCGGCAUUGGAGCUGGCGGGGGCGGUGCACCAGAGGGACGGGGCAGGCCACAAGGACACUGUGCUCAGACACAUCGGCGCCCUGCCCAUCUGGAAGGACUUCCGGUUUUGGAAGACAUAUCACGACACGCAGCUCGAAGUCAACCCCGACUUUGAGGGCAAGGUGGCGGAUCUGGUGCAGCAGCUGCUGGGGGGCCUCGCUCAAGUCAUGGCGGAGAUGGGGCUGGUGGACGGGGACGCGUGGGCCAUGCUCGAGGUGCUCUCCAGCCGCCUCAGCCUCAAACGCCAGAUAGUGCUGCGAGGGCAGCUGGCGUUGCUGCAGCGCGCGUGGCAGUACUACCCACUCUCGCCCACCUCGCCUCUCUUCUCCGCCACCUUCGCCCGCCACACUCACGCCGCCCCGGGCACCAUCGAGGAGGGCGGCGGCGAGGGCGCGGGCGGCGGCGGGGCGGGCGGCGAGAGCCAAUUGACAACGGCGCUGGGGACGGCGGCGGGGCGGUGGAUGAGCACGCUGGGGAACCUGAACCUCGGCAACUUCCAGAAGCAGCAGCAGGACAAACUGCUGCAGGGGGGCGGCGGGUCUCAGCGCAUCGGCGUGUUUGACUCGGAGGGUGGCAAGGAGCGGCCGGGGGUGCCCGCAUCCAAGUCGCUGCGCCACUCGCACGUGCAGGGGAGGGGCGCCACAGGGGUGCGAGUGCUGCGCGGCCACAAGCAGCCAAUCACAGCGCUCCACGCGGGCACGCGCAGCGAGCUGGGCGACCUGCUGCCGGACGGCGAGGACGGUGCGGGGUACUUUGUGAGCGGCAGCUGCGAUACGAGUGUAAAGCUGUGGGACCCCAGCACCCGGGGGGACGAGCUGCGCGCCACCAUGCACGGCCACACUGGCCCGGUGCGGUGUGUGGGGUCGGACGCCACGAGGGUGCUGUCAGGCGGCGAUGACAAGCGCCUGCUCGUGUUUGACAAGGCCACCGCUCGCAUGCUGGCGGACCUGCGCGGCCACCACCAAAGUAUCAUCGCCCUGCGCAUGCUACCGGGGCUGAACAAGGGCAGUGUGGUGACGGCGGGCAGGGAGGGGCAGGUGAACCUGUGGGACACGCGCACGGACCACAUCGCCUCCACGCUCUUCACCUGCCCCUCGCCCCACAUGAUCCUCUCCCUCGACUACCUGGACCAUGCUGGCAUCCUCGUUGCUGCCGGCACCCAGGGCAUCUGCUACGUGUGGGACGUGCGGGCGGGCAAGGAGCGGUUUCAACUAGAAGGCCACACCAACUGGGUCAGAGCGGUGCGGGUGGCGGGGGACGUGGUGGUGACGGGCAGUGAUGACUGGACGGCGAGGGUGUGGACGCUGAACGACGGCGAGUGUGAGGCGACGGUGGCGUGCCAUGCGGGGCCCGUCACCGCCGUGGACUAUGUCACGGCGUCGCGUGGCUUCAUCACCGGCUCUGCUGACUGCACUGUGCGCCUCUGGGACCGCGGUGACGGGGUGCAGCCGCGCUGUGUGAAGACACUCACGAACCACACGGCGCCCAUAGUGGCGGUGCGAGCCUCAGACCGCUACGUGACCAUGGCAGCGGAGGACGACUCGCUCUCCCUGCUGCACCGCCCCUUCGCCGACCGCUCCUCGCCCUCGCUGGGCCCCCUAGGAGGGCCGGGCAGCAUGAGCAACGGGGGGCGCGGCUACGUGGGCAGCGUGGGGGUGAUGACGGACUGGCAGCUCGCCAGACACCUCAACCGCGCCCCCGACCUCAUCCGGCACGCGGCAUGUGAUGUGGACCGCGGGCGCAUCUGCACGGGUGCUCGGUCAGGAGUGCUGCGCGUGUGGGAGCCACCCACGCCCCUCGCUUGA